GAAGUUAUCUCAUCCUCCUCAGCGAGAGCAUUGUGGGAAAGCGCGGCUGCUCCAUUUGGAGUAAAAUGGCACCGGUAGACUACACGAUAUGUGGAUUAGCUGUAGUUAUUUUCGCUAGUUGGUGCAUAAAUUGGCUUCUACAUAUAUUUGCAAUCGUAUAUGGAAAAUGGAGGUUAUCUCACAAGCUUCCCCCGUAUGUAGCAGAAGAGCUUCCAGCAGUAUCAAUUUUAAAACCUUUAGUUGGAGUAGAUCCACAUUUAUAUGAAAAUCUAGAAACAUUUUUCAAGAUGAAAUAUCCCCAGUAUGAGCUGUUGUUCUGUAUACAAGAUGAGAUGGAUGCAGCUUUAAUGAUUGUGCAGAGUCUCAUACAGAAAUACCCUAAAGUAGAUGCUAAGUUAUUUAUAGGUGGAAGAAAAAUUGGAAUAAAUCCCAAAAUAAACAACAUGAUCUUAGGUUACGAAGCUGCUAAACACGAUCUAAUUCUCAUAUCAGAUAGUGGUUUGAAAAUGGGCGAGGACACCCUGCUGGACAUGGUGCUGCUGAUGACAGAGAAGACGGGGCUAGUCCACCAGAUGCCCUACAUCUGUGACAGGAAGGGAUUCUCAUCACAUAUAGAAAAAGUAUAUUUUGGCACCCAACAUGCAAAGAUGUACCUGUGUGCAAAUGGGCUGGGGAUCAACUGCACAACGGGGAUGUCGUGUCUGUUCAGGAAGGAGGUGCUCGAGGAGGCCGGGGGCAUGAACCAUCUGGGACAGUACCUGGCUGAAGACUACAUGAUGGCACAGGCGUUUAUUGAUAGGGGAUGGAAGGUGAGAAUCAGCUCCCAGGCGGCACAGCAGAACUCAGGGAUGUACUCCAUCCCACACUUUCAUGCCAGGCUUAUUAGAUGGACAAAGCUCCGCAUCUCCACAGUGCCCUCCACGAUAGUGAUGGAGCCUAUCUUCCAGUGCAUGUUCCUGGGUGGUAUGGCAUCAUGGGCAGUGUCGUACCUGUUUGACUGGACAGCCCUGGUGUUCUUCCUCAUACACAUCCUGGUGUGGUUCCUCGGGGACUACAUUCUCAUUAAAGUUGUACAGAGGGGCCCGCUGCCAUUCUCCAAGUUUGAGUUUGUGGUAGGUUGGUUAAUGAACGAACUGGUUUCCCCAUAUCUGAUCUUCCAAGCUCACUGGAACCCGGCAGUUACCUGGCGCUCACAGAAGUACCGAAUCCGUUGGGGGGGCAUCACGGAAGAAAUAAAGCCUCCCCCACCAAAACCCGAAGACUGAGUGCUCCAAGCCAGAAAUCUACAGCAUUACGGGGCCUGCAUCCACUGGGUCUGAGAAUGUAACGACAGUGUAUUAAUGGAGACUCUAAGAGACCGCUCUGUUGUUCUUGCCAGUACGUUUAUAUUGGCUCUUGGAGAUGGAUGCUGGACUUUAUUUCUGGGAUCUGUGUGUGAAAUUGCUCAAA